AUGGCUCUGCGGCUAGCUGUUGGUCGGCCAUUGGGCGCCGCCGUCCGCGCUUCGGCCGGCUCUCGCCAUGCUGUGCGCGCCUUUGCCUCGACGGCCCUGUGCGCAAAGGAAGUCGCCGGGCAAAGCAGCGACAUGCCCAACAUGCGGUAUGCCCCCCGCGACACCCAGGGCCCCCUCAAGGCCGCCAUCGUGAACCCGGCCGAUCGCUACAAGGAAAAGUCCGAGGCGCUGCACAAGUACGGCCAGUACCUCAUGUCGUGUCUGCCCAAAUACAUCCAGCAGUUCUCGGUAUGGAAGGACGAGUUGACAAUCUACAUCCCACCCUCAGGCGUCAUCCCUACCUUCACCUUCCUCAAAUACCACACGGCCGCCGAAUACACCCAAAUCACUGAUAUCACCGCCGUCGACUACCCAACCAAGGAUCAGCGCUUCGAAGUCGUCUACAACAUGCUCAGCAUUCGCCACAAUUCGCGCCUGCGCGUCAAGACCUACGCCGACGAAGCCACCCCCGUUCCCAGCUUGUGCGAUCUAUACGACGGCGCCAAUUGGUACGAGCGCGAGGUUUACGAUCUCUUUGGUGUCUUCUUUGUCGGCCACCCGGAUCUCAGGCGCAUCAUGACCGACUAUGGAUUCGAUGGGCAUCCGCUGCGCAAGGACUUCCCCAUGACGGGCUACACGGAGAUCCGCUACGAUGAGGAGAAAAAGAGAAUUGUCCAGGAGCCUCUGGAGAUGACACAGGCAUUCCGCAACUUCCGCGGCGGCUCCUCUGCAUGGGAACAGGUCGGUCCUGGUGAUGAUGCGAAGCCGGAUAACUUUAGGCUCCCGACGCCUAAGCCAGAGCCACCAAAAGAGGGAGAGCAGAAGAAAUAG